AUUGCAAUGAAGUUUACAUGUUAAAUGUCAAGAAUUUGAUAUUAUAAUUUUCUUUUCAAACCAAGCUACAAACUUUCGUAAAGGCUUGUCAAACGCGACGUCGAUGAAACUUAUGAAGGAGAAAUCCCACAAUAAGGCGUCAUCAGACAGUUCGAGUAGCGGACAUUCAUCAGGAGUUCAUCACAACACUCAGGGUAUCCAACAGUUGCUCGCUGCCGAGAAAAGGGCUGCAGAAAGGGUCGCAGCAGCCAGAUUACGUAAGGCACGAAGAAUCAAGCAGGCUAGAGAAGAAGCAACUGCGGAGAUAGAGCAAUACAGAGCCGAGAGGGAGAAGCAGUUCAGGGAGUACGAGGCUAAACACAUGGGAUCCAGAGAAGACAUCGCUGCCAAGAUCGACAGAGACACAGAGGAGCAUUUGAAGGAGAUUGAGGAGAAUAUUAGGAAGAAUAAGGAUGCACUGAUCGACGAUCUGAUAGGCCUAGCGAUACACGUACAUCCUGAAGUGCAUCCUAACUACUUCAUCUUGAAGACCUUCAACAAGAUAUAAGUGGAAAGUUUUGAUGAUCACUACCGCUUAUUCAUACCUACCGGGAGUAUUUUUUUAUGUCACUGUAACUUGUAUAACUAAAGAAAGCACGUUAGAUGUUUACAUCUUUUACUCGAAAUCAAACCGCCAUUCCAGAUGCGAAAAUGUUGUUUUUGUAAAGCUUUCAAUCAAAUUUAUGUUAUUAUUUUUUCGUAACUUUUAAACAAGAUCAAUUUUAAAUUUACAGUCACGUUGACCCGACUAAAAAUUAAGAUUUAGUAAGGGCAAGUAGAACCAAAGACCGAUCCUAAACUGAAUUUUUUACCAAAAAUGAGGUCCAUAUUUGCAGAGAAGUGAUUUAUUUCUCUUUUGGAGUUAUAAUAAUGAGGCCUCAUCAAAGAAAAAAUUAGUGAUAUGAUGUUUGAAGAAUGUUUUACUCUGUCUCAAUUAGAAUCUUAAAACUAAAUACUUUGUCACAUUUGCGCGAUCUAUUACUGAAUAAUAAUAAAAUAAGUUUGUAUUCGAAACCAAAAUGUUUUCUUACACAAGUCUUUAAAUGAUGAAGUAAUUUUGUAUCUAGUAUCAGAUAUGAUUCCAUAAAGUAAUAAUAAUCAUAAUAAUAAUAAUAAAUCUUUAUUUCAAAAUAACGGUGCAUGAUUACAAUGUAUUACACACUGUUAGGUGCAAUAUACGUCAGUGUCAUCGAGACAGAAAGAACAACCACAGACGAGGACUCCGGCGAUGAGAAUGUAAUGUCAGCUGAUAAUCUACCGGGUUCACAAUUACAAGCACCUGCUGAGAUAAACAUACCUCAUGAAAAAUUUAGCAUAACUUCACCUGAUUCCGAAGAUAAUAUUCCAUUAUCUGAAUUGGCUAAAAAAAUAAAAAGCUAAAGAAACGAAAUACGUACAAAUGGGUCAAGGAGGAUCUACCAGAAGAAGUUCCAGGAAACUUCGAAGAAAUUCUUGAACAAAAUAAUUCUUCUAAGACUCCACUUGAAUGGUUUUCACUUUUUUUUUUACGGCGAACUUAUAACACGCAUAACAACUGAAACAAAUAGAUAUGCCAGGCAAAAGAAUCGCCAACAAGAGGUGCAAGGGUAAGAAAUAAGGGCAUUUAUUGGAACACUAAUAUUGAGUGGUUAUGUCGAUGUACCACAUAGAAGAAUGUUCUGGGAACGUGAAAGAGAUGCUAAUAAUCAACUCGUCACGGAAGCGCUUACACGAGAUAAGUUUGAGUAUAUUAUGUCAAAUUUCCAUUUAGUAGAUAACUACAAUUUACAGCAAGGAGUUAAGUUUGCAAAAGUUAGACUUUUAUUUGCGAGCCCGAAUCAAAAAUUUAUGGAACAUGGAAUUUUGACAGAAACGCAUAGUGUAGAUAAGGAGGCAAUGGUUCCUUAUUUUGGGAGACACUAAUGCAAACAGUUCAUUCACGGAAAACCUAUACGAUACGGCUAUAAAUUAUGGGUUGGCGCAUCAAGACUAGGCUACGUUUACUGGGUUGAAUCUUACCAAGAGUCGUCAAGCAACAUUAGUAAGAAUUAUGCAGAUUUGCUGGUGUGGUAUUAGAAUAUUCUGAUGCACUGAGGAGAAAAUGACCAAAUGAAAAAUUUCAUUUAGUUUUCGACAAUUUUUUCACUCCUCUCCCUCUUAUGGUAAAAUUGACAGAAAAAAGUUUCUUUGCGACUGUUACUGCUAGAGAAAAUCGUUUACAAGGCGUCCAAUUCAGAGAUUCUAAAAUUAUGAAAAGGGAAAAAAGAGGUACCUAGUUACGAUUACAACAAAAUUUCCGAUACAAUCAUAAUUGCAGUAAAAUGGCAUGACAAUAAUUUAGUAACACUCUGUUCAAAUGCCGCAGGAUUGCAACCAAUUCGCUUUGAAAAGCGAUUCUCUCAAAAGGAUAAAAAAGUAUUCAGGUAAGAAACACAAUCUGCAAGAAAAUCAAUGUUUUCAAAAAUGAUUGUGAUUUUGAUUUUAGGUAGAACAACCUCAUCUUGUAAAUGUAUACAACUCAAAUAUGGGCGGCGUUGAUCGUU